AUGGCUUCGGUAACUUCUCUUGACAAAGACCUGCGCAAUAUGCGCCUAUCCCGCUAUACCCCGCAAGCAGCCGCGGAGGUACGCGACUGGAUUGAGGAGGUUCUGCGCGAGAAACUGCCAUCCGGCGACCUGCUGGAAGGCUUGAAGGAUGGCUCGGCACUCUGCAAGCUGGUCAAUCUGGCCGUGUCACCCGGUGUGAAGUAUAAGCAGUCUUCGAUGCCCUUUGUACAAAUGGAGAACAUCUCCCAUUUCCUACGCGCAUGCCAAAUGCCACCUCUCAGCCUUCCCCCUCACGACGUCUUCCUCACCGUGGAUCUCUACGAAGCUAAGGAUCCUGCGCAAGUGCUCCAGUGCCUCGCUGCAUUUAGCCGACGGGCUAAUGCCCUCGAGCCAAACAAGUUUCCUCGAACUGUCGGUCCCCAGAGCAAGCGGGCUAUGGUCAGCCCAAAUGCGACGGGUUCGUCAAGCCCGGGGUUGUACAACCGAUCAGGUCGUGCAUCCAGCAAUGUCAGUGACGCCGAUCGAACUGGGUCCAUGAGCUCCUGGAGUAAGAAGGGAGAUGAGUCAUCGACUGCGCCAGCCUGGAACAUCCAUCAGUACGGCUACAUGGGUGGAGCUAGUCAGGGCAACCAGGGCAUUGCAUUCGGGGCUCGGCGGCAAAUCACUUCAUCAUCUCCUGCUGUACCCAGUCUUGCCGAGAAAGAGAAGCGCAGGCGGGAAGAGGAAGACCGAAUCCGCCAGCAAGAAGCUGAGAGGGAGGAAGCCGAACGUGCUCGCCAACGAGAGAUCGAAGAGCAGGAGGCUCAGGCUAAGGCCGAGGAAGAGCGACGCUGGGAAGAGGAAACGGCUCGUAUGAGGGAGAAGGAACGCCUUGAGAUGGAAGAAGAGAAGAAGCGGUGGGACGCAGAGAAGCGUCAAUGGGAAGCAGAGGAACAGCGCCGAGCUGCUGAGGAGAAAGAAGCCGAGGCGCGAUUUGAACAGGAGCGGCAAGACCGGAAACGAGCCAAUGAUGCUCGUCUUAACGGCCAAUUCCUCAGCCAGUACCAAGCUGGCCAGGCUGCCGCUGCCGCACCCGAGCCGGCCGGAGAGACAGCAGAGAGCCGCCGUAUCAAAGAGCUUGAGCGUGAACUAGAGCUUGCCAAGGAGCGCGAGCGUCAAUACGAGACUGAGAGGCAAGGAGUUCAAGACCAGAAGAGCGGAGACUCUUCAGUGCGCAACAACGGCCGUCCUGGACGCCCCAUCCCCGUUCCUCCGAAGCCCAGCUACAACCUUUCAUCUCUUGAACAGGAGCGCCGCAUGCUCCGUGGAGAAUGGAUCAAGAACCAGGACAUGCCGUCAUCGCAGGAAGAACCCGAGCAAGCUGAAGAACAAGCAGCGCCUCCGCCUCCUCGUCCACUUCCAGAGCCCGUCAAGUCAUCUCAGCCAACGCCGCCGGCUAGAGAGCUUCCCCCACCUCCGCGUCCCCUCCCAGACCCGACAGCUUACUCAGUUAACCGUGAUCCAAACCGCGUGGAUCGUUACCUCUCCUCCAAUCCUGCCCCCGUAGCUCCUGCCCCUGCCACCCACCGUGCCCAGGACUACUCCACGACCUCCGAAGUCGACGCCGAGAACAGCCGUCGCAUGGCCUCUCAGCAAAAAACCAAAGCCGGAGGCUGGGCAUCGAAGUCCCUCCUGGAACGUGAGAUGGAGCGUGAACGCGAGCGCCAGCGCGAAUGGGAGGAGAACCAAAAGCAAACCCAAGCCGCUGCCGGCAAUGGCAUUCACGAUUCCACCUCCGGCUCGGGACCGGGUCAGUCCUGGGACGUUCAUCAGUACGGCUACCUGGGCGGCGAUAACCAGAACCGCGGUGGUCCUGGUUUGGGUAUUGGAGGUGCCAGGCGCCAGAUUAUCGGGCCUCGCCCGCCGCGGUAA